CACGGCCAGGGCAGAGCAGGGGCACCGGAGAGGAGGAGAAGAAGAAGAAGAAGAGGAAGAAGAGGAGGAGGAGGAGGAAGAGAAAGACAAAGUGGAUCAGAUCAACAGCAGCACACCGAGCGCUGGAAAUGCCUGUCAGGUUUGAGUCUGUCUCAUCCCCAGCCAAUCAGAGCCUUCGUUAACAGCAGCGUCGGCACGUGACUGGGAGAAGGAUGGCAACCAUGCCAUUUGUCAGCGAGGGGAAGUGUGUGAGUGUAGAGUGGGAUUUCCUACAAGGACUACUGGCCAAGCCUCCCACCCUGCCAUGUCUGCAGAACCUGCGUAAAGAGAAAUCUCGUAAUGCGGCUCGUUCACGGCGAGGCAAGGAGAAUUUUGAGUUCUUUGAGCUGGCCAAAAUGCUGCCACUGCCCGGGGCCAUCACUAGCCAGCUCGACAAAGCAUCAGUCAUCAGGCUCACCAUCAGCUACCUGCACAUGCGCACCUUUGCCAGCCAAGGAGACCCGCCCUGGAGCCCUCUGCUGGAAGGAGACAGCAACUGCAACAAAGUAAGACGAUCAUCUCAUUCUCUGGCCACUGACAUGUUUGAGCAGCACCUUGGGGCGCACCUGCUACAGUCUCUGGAUGGCUUUGUGUUUGUGGUCAGUCAGGAGGGACGCUUCCUCUACAUCUCAGAGACAGUUUCUAUCUACCUGGGACUCUCACAGGUGGAGCUGACUGGCAGUAGUGUGUUUGACUACAUCCACCCAGCGGACCACGUCGAGAUGGCCGAGCGGCUGGGAAUCAGGCCGCAUCUGAGGGCUGAGGCUGGCUGCCACACCGCACCUGAAAGCGCAUCAAGCUCCGCAUCCACCUCAUCCCUGGCUGGUACCCCUGAACCUGCAGCUCCAUCAAGUCCCCAUUCUCCUGCUGAUGAUCCUCCUGACCGUGGCUUCUUCAUCCGCAUGAAGUCCACGCUCACCAAAAGAGGCCUGCAUGUCAAGUCCUCUGGAUACAAGGUAAUCCAUGUGACGGGUCGAAUCCGCUGCCGUCCUGCACUUGUUCCAGGCUCAACACGAUCAGUGCGUCGGCCGAUGGGUUUGGUCGCGCUGGCGCACACGCUCCCGCCCUCUACGCUUAAUGAAGUCCGCAUGGAGAGCCAGAUGUUUGUCUUCCGAGUGAACAUGGACUUACAGGUCACGUACUGUGAGAACAGGAUCUCAGAGUAUAUGGAUCUGACUCCAGCAGAAGUGGUGGGACAUACAUGUUACCACUUUGUCUAUGUAGAAGAUCUGGAAAAUCUCAGACAGAGCCAUGAGGACUUGUUGAGGAAAGGCCAGGUGGUUACCGGUUACUAUCGCUGGCUCCAGAGAAGAGGAGGCUACUUGUGGAUCCAGUCCACUGCCACUGUUUCUAUUAACCACAAAGCCCCCCAUGAACGCAACGUCAUCUGGGUCAACUACGUUCUCAGUCGAACAGAGUUGCCCGACACACCCCUUGACCUGCUUCAGCUACCAGAAAGUGUAAGAGCAGAACGACUUCGUGUUAGCUCUUCUCCCACUGAUAGCUCCCCACAGACCCGAGGCUCACAGUCAGUGAAAAGCUCAGUAGGUAAAACUGACCCCGACACUAAAGGCAGAGAGAAAUUCACAGGCGCUGCCAUCCAGCCAGAGGACAGGAGGAAACGCCUGCUGAGGUCCGAGCCCGAGGGCGCUCCCCCAGAAACCCGCCGCAGAUUGGAGGAUCUCCGUCAUACUGAGGAAAGUGUAUCCGCCUCCUCGGACCUCGCAAGUGAAAGUGAGGGGGAGGAGGAGGAAGAGACAGAGUGGGACCAGGGGGCAGACAGUGACAGAUUGAAACAAGAGGAGGGGAGCAGGGGAGGAGGUAAACAGAACAGAGGAGGAGGAGGAGAGACCCCAAAUAGAGGGGAGAGGGGGGGUAGGGUGCACAACGGCCGAGCUGUGAUCCAGCAGCUGAAGAGCGUAGUGACCCCCUCUCCCCUGCCCGGCAGCCCCAGUAUCAAGACUGAACAUGAAGCCCUUACCACAGGGGGGCGCUGGGGGUCACACACACAGAAUUCCACCUCACACACCACCCAGCCACAGCCCACACAUGUGCACACCCCUUCCAGCAGUCUCAACGGGGACAGCCCCACCACCCCAAUUCCCGACUCCUCCUCAAGCAGCGAAGCUCCCCCGAAAGGUCUGUUCACUCCCCCAUCGCCAGCUCUUUCUCCCGCCAUGUCUGUGUCCUCGCCCCUGCCCCGUGAGGAGCGGGUCGUGUCGGGGGCAGUCAGUCGGAGCAGCGGUGGCAGCAGCGCCGCAGGUGGUGGUCCGGAUUUUGAGCUGCUCCAGAGACUGGCUGCCGGCGGCGCAGCAGGGCGGGUCCUCUUCCACCCUCUUGCCCUCGGCCCGCAGGGUCCUCAGAGCCUCUACGCCCCCAGCACUAUCCGCUAUGCUCCACCUGAGCUGCCCCCCUCCCACCACCACAGUGCAGGACAUGGUGAUGGCCUGCAGCUACGCUCAGACCACCACAAGGGACCCCCGCCAGCUUUCUUCCCCCAUCUACAGCGACUGGCCGGCCUGCCACCCUUCAGUGGUUUUUCCCCGUCUGACAGCCCUUUUUCCUCCAGUCUGCCCUUCUGUAUGAAUGGACUGAGGGGGGCUGCAGGCUCCGAGGAGGACUGAGACCUACAGAGGAGAAGAAGAAGAAAAAUGAAGGAUGGAGCAGAGUGACAGACCAUAGAAAGAGACAUUGAAAAGGGCAGGAGAGACAGUAGUGGCAGGACAUUAAACCUCUAAGGAUGUUACUAAUUGGACAAUGAGUUGAUUAACUGCGAUCUAAAGUAUGUGACAAGUGGCUGCCAUAGGGAAUUAUUGUGUCUGCCUGUUGUGGACAAGUGACAGUGACUCUCAGAGAAAAGAGGACAUGGUAACUUUUGACUGAAUGUCCCCCAAGACUUUCUGUCUUCACAACAAUAAUGAACUCUGCUCUGUAACUGUGUUGAUUUCUGUGUCUCUUCCACUCAGAGAAGCCAUAUUGUACAUAGAGAAAAAAACCAUAAAGACCCUCAGCUCACGUCCUCCUCAUCCCUGUGUCACCCCAAUUAACCCAAUUAACCCUAAAGCCAGUAGACAGAAAUGGACACGUGUCCGUAGGAAUGAAAGUGAAAAGAACUUUGGAAUAUACAUUUUUAUUAUUGCAGUAUUACACAAAACAUCACAUACAUUGGGGUCGAGCUAAGAAUUUGAUUAUAGGGUUUCCCUUAAAUAGAUGGAGAUAGCCCUCUGGUGUUUUUGUAUUGAGAAUCAAAAAAAAAAUAAAAAAAAUUAAAUACUCAUCAGCCAGCCAUACUUAAAGCACAUUGUUAGGGACUAAAAUAUGAAUAAUGUAGUCCCAGACAUUCCAUUAUCUAUAAGGGAAGAAAAUGCAAUGCAGACAGAAAACUGUUUCUGUUGUUUAAUUGCAGGAAGUUCAUUUGUUUAACUAAAUAUUAAUUAUAGUAUAUUCUGUAUGAUGCUGAGAUUGUGUUUGUGUCAGAAAGCCAUAUUCUUGUUUCUAUUUUUAAGAUUUUAUUGAUUUUGUUUUCACCGAAUGAAACAGUCGGAAGAAUGUUGUGAGAAAUGGGUCGAGACAGGCAAAAUAACAUUGUUUUAAUGGAUGCACAAUAUCACCCAAAUACCUUUUUUAUUAUUCUCUUUUUAAAAAAAAGAUAUUUCUGAAAAUGUUUAGGAGGGAAAUGGUGCUGGACAAAAGUGUUUGUUAUCAUUUAUGCCUCUGUGUUUUUCUGAGCACUUACUAAAAUUUGUUCUGGUGUGAACUCAAAGCACUUCAUCGCUUAACACUCUCUGUGUGGCCCUGUUAAAACAGAAAUGAAGCAAAAGUGGUCAUUAAUAUCAUAACUUGACCACAGUGUAGUAGAGGAGGUGAAUCGUCAUUUAAAAAAGGAGGUAAAUAAACAGACCACAUGCAGUCACUAAAAGAUGACCGUUAGUGGUCAAUAAAGAGGAACUUUAUAAAGAAUUAUUCUGAUAUUGUUGUAGUUCAAUUCGGUCACCUGGAAUAAACACCAUAAUGAUGAAGUCCAAACAGAAAACACUAUCAAUUUACAGUUUUACAUAAAUUGAUUGUAACUUUUCUCAGGAUGGAAACUAAUACAAAACACCUUUUAUACAGGAAACAAAAGAGUUGUUUUUUAGAUUGCAGUUUGGAAAUGAAUCACAAACAUUUCGUAACUGAGAAAAUGAUGCACAUUUACAUAUUAUGUAUGUAUAUAAUGUGAUAUUCACAGAUAUUCAGACCAGUUCUCAUUUAACUUCUGCUCUGAAUAUCAUAGUAGUCUGUUGAACAAAAAUGCAGUUAUUAGGAAAAUUAAAAAUCAGAAAAUUCUCUAGCACUUUGGAAUGAAAAAUACAAAAUUAAUCUGUUCUUUGGUCAAAGUACAGAUAAAUUAGUGUUCUAGAUAUCUAAAAUUUGUCAUGCCACUGACACUGUGUGUACAUUUUAUUUCUCCCACAAUGAGAUUAAGGUCAGUUGUCUGAAUUAAGCGUCUGGUUUGUCUGAUGUCUAAAAAAGAAAAAAAAUAACAUUUUUUUAUUGUUCAGAUCUGAUGCACUACACACCCAUCCUGUAGCUGUCACAUACAAAAUAUGUGAGCACACAUACUGUAUACUCGGGUGUUUAAUGGAAAAAUGUCUGUGUAUGAGUGUGUGAGUGUAUGCUUGUAUAACUGUGUGUGUGUGUGAGUGUGUGUAUUUUUUGUUGAAUUAAAUAGCUAACUCCCUAACCCAUCACUGUGAAUCUAACGUUAUCCUCUCAUCUUUGUGAAUACUCCACCCACUCAUCAAAUAAAAUGGACAAAUGUAAAAAGAAAAACAGUGCUACAAAUGACGAUAACAAUAAAAAUAUUCCAGUAGAGGAGCACA